UGGGGUAAUAUCCCUCCCACUGAUACCUACAAUGGGGCACAGUUUUUUGACAUUAACACCAACAAUGCGGCAUUAUUCCUUCCACUGACACCAACGAUGGGGCACUAUUCCUCCUCCCCACUGACACCAAUGUUGGGGCACUAUUCCUUCACCCCCACUGACACCAAUGAUGGGGCACUAUUCCUCCCCCCCCCCCACUGACACCAAUGAUGGGGCACUAUUCCUCCCACUGACACCAAUGAUGGGGCACUAUUCCUCCCACUGACACCAAUGAUGGGGCACUAUUCCUCCCACUGACACCAAUGAUGGGCCACUAUUCCUCCCACUGACACUAAUGAUGGGACACUA